AUGGCCGAGAACGAUCACCUCCUUCCGCCACCCGUCGAGAUCCCAGGCCCCACCUCUCCCCAAUCCAUCCUCCUCGCCGGUCGACAACGCUACCUCCUCUUCCCUCGCUUCACCCUCGAAUCCGGCGUCACCCUCCACAACGUCCCCGUCGCAUUCAAGACAUGGGGCUCCCUCUCUCCAGACACGAAAGACAACGCUCUCGUCGUGUGUCACGCGCUGACGGGCAGUGCCGACGUCGAAGACUGGUGGGGCCCGCUGUUGGGUGUGGACAAGGUGUUUGAUUACUCGAGGUUCUUUGUCGUGUGCUGCAAUGUGUUGGGCAGUCCGUAUGGAAGUGCCAGCAGUUGUACGCAGGCUGGAGGGGAGACCGACUGGGCCGAGGCCGUGAGGGAGGGAAAGUUGCAGGAGGUAAAGGCGGAAAAGGCAAAGUGGAAGGGCGAGGGGUGGUGGGGCCCAGAGUUUCCCGCGACCACGGUGAGGGAUGACGUUAGAAUUCAAAAGUUGGUAUUGGAGUAUCUGGGCGUGGAAAGCGUCGCAGCUGUCGUAGGCGGCAGCAUGGGUGGAAUGGCAGUCCUAGAAUGGCCCUUGGUAUUCCCCACCAGAUGGCCAGGAAAAGCCGACUCGAAACAGCGAUACAUCCAAGCCCUCGUACCACUAGCCACCUCGGCAAGACACUCGGCGUGGUGCAUCUCGUGGGCCGAAGCUCAACGUCAAUCCAUCUACUCCGACCCCGCCUUCAAUCACGGCUACUACCAUCCCACCGAACCACCGCGCAACGGUCUCAGUGCUGCCAGGAUGGCUGCGCUGCUCACCUACCGCAGCAGAGACAGUUUCGAGUCUCGCUUCGGUCGCAGAGUUGGCAAAGCGCUCAAAGGUGGCGGUUCUGCCGCUGCAGCUGGCCUGCCGGCAAAAUCAGAAGAGGAAGCGUCCAAACAGCAGGAUCAUCACCGACGAACCUCUCUCGCAGAAGACGCCGCUGCAGCGCACAACGAAGGAAACCUCUCCCCGCGCGUCAGACCUUAUGGAAGCAACUCUUCACCCACCUCUAACGGGAACGCUCCUUCCAGCAGCGGAUACUUUCCUUCAAACACCACCAGAUCCAACGGACCUUCACUCUCACCGACCGCAACCACUCCACCCGUACCCCCCACCCCGCAUCCACCCACCGAACUCUCCGACGAAGUCAUCACCCUCCCCCCACCUACCUCUCGCCUCAUCGAACCAUUCUCCCCCUCCACCGCCCCGACCAUCUUCUCCGCCCAGUCCUACCUCCGCUACCAGGGCGACAAGUUUGUCAACCGAUUCGACGCCAACUGCUACAUCCACCUUACGCGCAAGAUGGAUUCCCACGACGUGGCCCGUGCUCGUUUUCCCUCCCUUUCCUCUCCUGAGGAAGAAGAUCAGGCGUUGGUCAGCGUUCUGUCUCGACUCUCUUCGAGCGUACCCACUGCACCGCGCGUGUUGGUCGUGAGUAUCGAGAGCGACGGCCUGUUCGCCCCACCCGAACAGGUGCUCAUCCACAAGCUCGUGGAGGGCAGCGAGUUCGUGAGCGUCAAGAGCACAGAUGGACACGACGGGUUCCUGUUGGAGUUCGAACAGAUCAAUGACGGGGUAGGGAAGUUUUUGAGGAGCACGUUGGGGGAGAUUUAUGCGAGGCAGAGGUCGGAGGUCGUACAAGGGAAAGCGGACGAGGUGAAGGAAAGCGUGUUUGGCGAGGUGGAGGAUGUGACUAGGUGGUAA